AUGGAUUUCCACAUCCUCGACUAUCACAAGGAGAAGGUCUCAGGGCUGCUGAUCAAGGUGAUGGACUGGAACAAGCUGUCAGGGAGCGAGUUCAUCGGAGCUCGAUAUAUCGACCUGACCCCGUAUGUCGGGAAGCAGCAAGGGCUGGUGGAGCUGUCGGAGAGCAUCGUCAACCACCUGUCGGGAGUGCAGGGAGAGGUGGUGCUGGGACACAACAAAGAGGAGGUUGUGAUGGAAGGAAAGAAGAAGAGGAGAGGAAGAGGAAGAGGAAACGAUGGUGAGUCAGGAAGAGGUCGAGGAGGGAGAAGGGAGGUGAGCCAGAGGCAGGAGAAGCAGGAGCACAAGAAGCAGAGGUGGGAGACGAAAGGGCUGCUGGGCUCCUCGUCGAUGGAGCUGGAGGAGGUGACGCACGUGGUGGUGAAGGCGCUGGAGUUCGAGAACGUGCCCAAGAUGGACUUGAUGGGCUCCUGCGACCCGCUGCUGGAGAUCUGCUGCGGGGAGACAACCUACCACACUGAGACGGCGUGGGGAAGUACGCGGGGUCAUGGAAUGAAGAGCAUGGACCUGACGCUGAUGCUCUACGAUGAUAACCGAGGGAAAUUCAAGGAUCUGAUCGGGAGGGCAAGCAUCAGGAUGAAUUCAGUGCUGCAAGCGGAUGAAAUUUGGGUGGAGAUGAAGAAGAAGAACGGGGAGAGCGUGUUGGGUCAGAACAAGAAAACGACGAGAGUGAAGAUUCGAGUGAUGGCGUGGAAAUAUGACAACAUGGUCGACAAAUACGUCGAAUCAAAAUUCCCGCUUGUAAACUCAGUCAGCAGCUGUUUUGUCGAGGCCUCGCUCUUCAUCAAGGAGGAGAAAUCAAAUGAGAAGGCGAGAAGCUCGGUAAGAGAUGUCUACAAUGGUUUUCCCAUCUGGAGUGAAGAAAUCAAGCUUCACAUUCCCAAGAACGAAGACAUCUUCGACAUGUCCAUCCGUUUCAUCCUCAUGGCGCCAAAAUCCAACUUGUUCGCAAAUUCAACAGUGCUAGGAAGAGCGGAUCUCACAGAUACAUUUGUUCCAGCUUCUGCUCAUGGACGACGUUCAGAUAAAACUGCCACUGCAUGUCUCUUGUCUGCUUGUACUACAUGUGAGCACAUGACAUCUCCUUGCAAGAUGACCCAAAAGCUCGAAGAACGAUUGGAACAGCUGCAAAAGGCCUCUUUGAAGUUUCACACUGAACAACAAGAGAUCGAGGAGCACAACAGGGAGAGACACAAUCAGAUGAAUCUGAUCAGAACUCAAUUCCACAAGCUGCAAGCGGAGCUGAAUGAAAACCAGGGGGACGAGCAAGUUCGGGCCAAGGAAAGGGUCAUGAUGGAUGAUAUUCAGAAACAAAUCAACACGUUCCCUGGAACUUUCAAUAUCGAACAGAAGAAGGAGCUUCUAAUCGUUAUCACCAUCACUAUCUUGAAUCUUUUCAUUUACAUGCUUUUCGUAUGA